CGGUGGUUGGACCGCAUCUGGCCAUACCAAGCAGCUGCUUUGGUAAGCUCUCUUGCCGUGGCACCAGCGGUGCUCAGAGUGGGCGUGGGGCAGUUUAUUUGUUUGCGAUUUAUGCUGUCGAGCUAGGGAUCAGCACCUGGCCAGAUUGCUUCCUUAGGCGCGUUUUUGGAAGAGCAUAUUUGUCAGUCAGUUUUCCGCCAAUAUUCAGCAUCAUAGUAGAAUAGCGUACUCUCCUACGAGAACAGAGCCAGAGGAGUUUUAGGUGGACUAGUGUACUUGUACACCCAAAAAACAAGGAGGGAGAAAGAGGAAGACAGCAGCAUGGCACACUACGCCGUGUACGACGACGACGAUCAGAACUACACGACGGACUUCACCAAGCUGCCCUACUACAACUUCAGCGGGUUCUCUCCGUCGGCCUUCCAGAUCCCGACGGUCGAGGACCUCCUGGCUAAGGUGUACAUCUCCAGGGUCCUGCUGGGGCUGGUGUACGCCGCCAUCCUUCUGGUCUGUACCGUCGGCAACACGCUGCUGGUGGCCGUGGUCUGCCGCUUCGAGGGCACGCGGACGAGAGCGAACCGUUUGCUAGUAAACCUGGUGAUAUCGGACCUGAUGACCGCCUUGCUGUGCGUCCCGUUCAACAUCGACUACUACGUGGUUCGGAGCGAAGACUGGGUCUUCGGAACGGAGAUGUGCGGCGCCGUCAACUACAUCAAGACCGUGAGCCUCUACGUCUCCACCAACACGCUGGUUGCCAUGGCGAUAGACAGAUGCCUGGCCGUGACGUCCAGCCUGCGGUCCCGCAAGCCGACCAAGCGGCUCUACAUCCCCAUCCUGCUCAUCUGGCUCGCCUCGCUCCUCCUGGCCAUCCCUGAUCUCAUCUUCUCUGACACCGUGCAGUUCCACUUCGGCGACAUCGGCGACGUCUACGACGAGCUAACGUACUGCCGAAGGAUGUGGAGCAUCGACCAGAAGGUGGCGUACAGGGCGAAGUCGCUGCUGAUCUUCGUGGUCCAGUUCGCGGUGCCGGCCAUCAUCAUGGUGGUCUGCUCCCUCCUGGUGGUCCGCACCGUCUGGUGGCGCAAGAUCCCGGGCAUCCAGUGCGGCUGGCAGAUCAAGGCCGUGGAGCGGUCCCGACGGAAGAGCUUCCUCCUCGUGAUCCUCGUCUUCUCGUUCAUCAUCUGCUUGGGGCCCUCACACGUCUACGACCUGGUCCGAGACUAUGGAAACGUCCUACAGAAGGAGGUGGCCAACACCAUGAUGUUCUACGUCUUCGAGGCCGUCGCCAUGUCCAACUGUGUCAUCAACACCAUCGCGUACGUUGCCGUCGACAACAGGAUGAGGAAGUACAUCAAGAGACUGUUCCUGACCAAGCUGUGCCGGCCGCGCACACCCAACCCCUCGCGAACUCACACCAGGUCCAUCUCUUCCUUCAGCUACCGCGGGAGGACGCUCUCCUUCCAGGAGAGGAGGCAGUUCGUGAGGACGAUCGAAGGAAGCUCCACCACCAACCUGGCGCUGGACUAUUACAUCAUGAUCAAACUGUCCCGCCAGCUGGGGGAUCAGUACAUUCAGAGGAGGUUGCAGAACGGUUCUAAUGUCAGGAUUGUGGUGCAGAAGGAGACUGCACUGUAG